AUGGCGUCCACCCUACGACUGCCUGCGGGCACCUCCGCGCGCAUUGUGCCAUCUGGAAUAUUCAUCGCCCAAUCCUGUACCGCUGGAUCAUACCAAUGUCGGUCCUUCUCGCAGACGUCUCUAAACUUGGCUGGUAGGCCCAUGAACUUCCGCCAGGCCACUCAGUCUCAGCCCUCAUUCAAGACUCGCACCAAAGACAUGCCUUUGACCCAAUUGCCAAACGACCUUGGUCUAUUACCCGGGACCUUUAUCAAGCCACUGUGGAGAGAUAUGCCUUCUAUCUUUGAAAGCCCGCGCGAUAGAUUGCACAUGGAGUGGACAUGGCUCAAGACGCUAUUCACCAACUACGGCAGUUUGUUGCAAUAUUGCAAGAGAGAUAACAAUAUGCCAUUCAACUUCAAGCAGAGGCGUCAUGUCGCAUCCCAGUUAAUGGAGCAGAUGUACACUUCAUUUGCGCGAGGCAACAUCCCCGAGAUCCGCCGAUUCUGCGCCGACGGGCUCUCCAAAAACUUAGUCCGCCAAAUUGAAAAAAGAAACCCAUCCGAGAAAGUGGAAUGGACGCUGGUCAAAUACCUGCGCAAGCCCAGCACCAACUUCCUCGGCCUCCGCGUCAUGUCAGACCGCGCAACAUCUUUGCCUGAAAUCCCCAACUCUGGUAUUCGCCAAAUCGUCGUGCGCGUCACAAGCCGCCAGUCCACGUCCACCAGCAAGAUUGAAAGAGUCAAGAGGGGAGCGGUCCCCGUGGAAACUCUUGUCUCCACCAAGGAACAAGAUUGCGUCGAGUACCUCGUUAUCCAGAACUUGCGCUGGAACGGUAACGAUAAGGGCUGGACCCUUUGGGGUCAGACUAACCCGACCACCCUGCAAAAGGCUAUCGAGGAUCCCUACUUCGCACCAGGCUUGUCGGCCAUGGAGCGCAUUGAGCAAAUGAGGGAGAUGAUGACAGGCGGGGGACCCGGACCUAAGAAAUAA